GAGCGUGUAUGUAUACUCGCUCUGGAGCCCCCUCUGCUACAAAGGGACAGUAAAUAGAUACAGAGCAGAAAAUGAACACUGAGCAGACCCACAACAGAUUGUAGAGAAAGAGCGAUUGUUUGUUGCUGAAUGGAGACAAACAGUGUUAAUGAAAAUGGGAGCUGCAGUUUGCUCCAACUGCUAGUGACUGCUUGAAAAAAACUGAAAUAUUAAACAGAGCAUUUGCAUAAGUAAAGUCAUUUAACCAUAUAUUAGGCAGGUGAAUGAAAUCACAUCUGAGGAGGAAAAUGACUUAUCUGGUGAUGAAAUUAGAAAUGUGCAUAGAAGCUGAAUAAUAAUUGCAUCUGCUCAAUUUAAAUUUGAUUCAUGGACGGCUGAUUGGACCACAGAUGGUGUUGUUUCCAUGCUGCUUAUUUCAUGCACAUUACACUUCGAUUCAUUAGACAUUAAAUUCAUAUGACUUUUCUGCAAAACAAUCAAGCAUGUGUUCACACUGUCUUAUGUAACAGAUCAUUAUUCAUACAAUAAAUCAUGCCUGCUAUAUUACAUUACCCACACUGACACCUGGUGUAUGGGUUAUGCAAUAACUGCAGAAACAAGCAGCAGGGAAGGAGAAAAUGCAGCACAUUAUCCAUUCAUUCAUGCAGAGUUGGUGGUGCAUGGAGCCAAAGUAGUCACAUUAAAAAAGUGACUUACUUGGACACUAAAUGUAUAAAUAGUCAUGGAAGAAGUUUGUAAAAUAAAAACUUAAGAGAAAAUAUAUGCUUUAGCAAAGUCUUCUGGGAAUAACAAUCUCAUCUUGCUGACUUUUGACAGUCUGAACUGUCAUCAGUUAUAUAAAUAAAAUAACCCUAACCCUAACCCUUUGCACAAUUUUCAGGCAUUGCAAAUCAAAAUGUUAAAAUAGUCUCACUUCUCAUGGUGUUGUUGUUGUUUUUUUAAAUUAUAACAAAAACAUUGAAAUGAGUUUCAGUCUAUUUUAUACAAGAGCUUUGAAAACAAACAAAGCAUCCAAAAAGUAAUAAAACAUCUAAAUAAAACUAGGAGAUCAAUAAAUCACAGCAUCCCUUAAAAAAGAGCAAUUUAUAAAAGUUGAAACAAUACAAAGCAUGCAAAAUUAAUAAAAAGCUUUCAUGUAAAAUCAUGUAACACACACACAAAUAUAUAUAUACAUAUAUUAUCCUGUUUUCAUUAUGAACAUUGUGGUUAGAGGAUAUGGAGCUCUUCUAAUUUAACAGAGGAAAAUAAUUGCAUUCACUGUACAACCAGGAUACAAAUCAGUAAGCGUUUCAGCAAAUUUUCAGGGUGAUUAUAUGAUUUUCUGUCUCUGUGCAGCCUCUGCAGGAUCAACACAACAGCUCAAUCAAUAGUACAUUGUGCUAACAGAGGCACAGGUGGCCUAUGGAAAGCCCUGAACAUCAGCUGCCAGCCUCAUAUAAUGUGAUGUGACACACUCAUUCUCCUCUUUGCCUCAUUCCAUUUCAUCUGAUUCCACAGCCAGAGGCUUCAUGUACUGACACAGCUCACAGAGGCUGCUCAUUGAUUUUUCUGAAGCUUCUGUGUAGGAUGGCUCAUGUCUGCUCUUCUCUCUGCUCGUACUUUUCCCCCCAAAAGCACAGAGAAUCCUCCACAUGGAUGGAUUCCAUCUUUCUGUCUUUAUCAUGAAGCCAGCCUAAAAGAAAUUUAUUUGUUCUUGAAAUUUUGACCCGGGCUCUGUUUGUCACAUCUUCAGCUCUAACUUGUGUUGCAAGGUGUCAUAUUUACUGUACACAACGCUGGCUGAGCCCAGGGGGGAUAGAUAUGAGCAGCAAGUAUCAACAAUGUACAGAGAGAGGAAUAUUCAAGAAGUACUGACAGAGGUGGUGACUGAGGUUCAGGCUACAGAUGUAGGCAACAACCAGCAGGUGGAGGCUGAAAAUGCAAAUGGCUUAAAGACUGCAAUUAAAAGGCUGUGUGUGGCUGACAGCUGAGGGGAUGAGAUGCUGCCGUCAGCAAAGACUGUAAGUUAAAGGGGAUAUACCAUUUACAGGACCAGCAUAAUGAUAAUAGACUGAUCUUAGUUUGAUUUAUGGAAAAUCGCAGUCAACAGGUCUAUAAUAACAGUAGUGAUAGCAUUUGUAUUAAUGAAGUUGAGAUGCUGAAGCUCCAGUGAGGAACUUUUUUUUGCCAGUUUUUGUGCCCCCUGAAGAUAAAGCAGUCUUUGCUAAUCUUGUCUGCUCUGCUGGAGUAGUAUUUUUUAUCAAUCUGACUUUUUACAGGGAACUCAAUUAUUCAUCAUGAAUAUUUUAAGUCAAAGAUAUAAAAACAGGGCUGUUUCUCAGCUGCUUAGCUGACACCUACCCUCCUGCACAGACUAAUGGUUUGAAACUGCAAUAUAAAAAUCAACUGUUUUUAUAUUUCAUAAAUAAGUCUAUUUCACAAAUGACAAAAGAGACACAGGAGCUUGACAUAAAUUUACAACAACAGUUUAUGAGUUGAAUAGCUAUUAAGCUGUAAGUACAUAAAUAAACUGAAUAAGAAUGUGACUUGACUUGACUUAAGCCCUUUGCUCCUCAGGGGUGCAUAGGGCGUUGACAAAUGUCCUCCAUUUCACUCUGUCUUCAGCAGUUCUUUUGAGAUCUCCCCAGUUGAGCCCACUCUCUGACAUCUCUGUCUCGAUGCUUCUUCUCCAGCUGUUCCUGGGGUGACCUCAGAUAAGAAUGUGACUGUUGGUUUAAAUACAUAUUUACUUUAUUGCAUUUUAAACGUUUUUAUUAUUAUUAUUUCCAUCAUGAUGUAGACUAAUGCUGUCCAUUUUUGUCUGCCCUGUUCAGCCUUUUAUUUUCCAUUUUAAAUCAUUUACGUUCAAUUAUUUCUUCAAGUGCCUCAUUGAUUACCUUUUUUUUUGUUAAGUUUGCAAUGAAAUUCGGAACAAAUGUACAAUCAUUUGUUGUGUUCAUUCUUGUAUUGACACUUUUUUUCCAACUUGUACAAAUUCAAAAGUUUAUUUCCAGUCAAACCUGUAACUUGUCUAAAAUUCCUCGAGAUGGCGCUGUUGGAUAGUACUUUCCCAAGCGACAGCGGGCGCGUUUAGUUUAAUUUCAGCGUUUUUCGCAGUAACUAUGCGUUUGUAUGACUCAUUGAGUACUUUCUAAAUGUUUGGGGGUCUUUAAAGACAAAAAUUACCAAGUUACUGAAUUUUUCACACAAUAAUACUAACAUUUAUACAUGUAUUAGUUUCAGAGCUGGUAUUAUUCGUAGCCCAAGGUAAGUUGAAGCUAAAGUUGCAGCUGCGGCUUUUGGCUUCCUCCAAAUCUCGCGAUAAGUCGCUGUGAGGCUUCUCCAACGAGGACGGGAGUAUUUUACGUUGGUGUUCCCGCGUCACCCACAGACGAAUCUUACUAGAGUAAAAUACGCAGCUCAAGUUUUUCAGAGUGGAGUGCCGAGUUUGGGAGUGGGAAUGUCAGACGGAGAAACCUUUGUAGGUGAAGCAGUCGGAAACGGCGGCAUAAUGGGUGAGUUUUGACUGCUUUCAAACGAUGUUUUGUUGUCUUCCGUGUGUAACGUUGAGUAAAGUUUGAACCUUGGGCCGAACAGUUUGGGGUUUAGGUUAAGAAAUGCACUAGGAUCACAGUUCAGGAAAGUAAUUGGCUGUUAAACAUUCGCCUAGCCCCUUGUAACCACUUAUACCAAACCUCACAUUAAAAAUAGUCUAAGUGUAUUUCCUAUUUCGUGUAGCGUAGUUCCAGAAGGACUGGUCUUUUGUAACUGUUGCGUUUAACCUGAGGCUGUUGUAAAACUCAAAGAAACCCUGACCACACGACUGUGCUAUCCCCACCAUGCUUUUCGUGGACUCUCUCUACGUGAAGGAGUUUUGUUAAUAUUAAAAAGUGUGAACUCCCCAGCUGUGUCGUUUCCGAUGGGUUGCCUUAUUAAAACUUGCAUUUAAGAACAACAAGAUGCCCCGAAGACGUUACACGUUAGCUCUUCACUAAAUCCUUAGAUUCAUGAAUGGGGUUUGGCCAGAGCGGAUGUAAUUGACUUCAACUGUUAGUGUCUAAGGUACUUAAACGACGUUUCCGUGGUCGGUUCAGACGUUAGCCCGGCAUUUCCUGUGUUUUAGUCAUGAGUGAGUAGGUACAUAGCAGAGCCUGCACACUGCCAGCGGAGUGCAGCCUCUUCUGCUGCUUCAACCACCACAAAUAUGUCAAAUAGGUUUGUUUUGUAGUUGUACAACAGUCUGCAAACCAGACCAAAACUUGUUAGCCAAGUCUCGGUGUUAUUUUGGGUAAAGGCUCAUCGUGACUAUUUUCGACAAGAUUGAGGUCACGGUUAUUGAUCGGAGUCGUUUCUCAAUGAAAGGGACAAUUUUGGGGGGGCUGUUUUCCUGUGGUUGUAAGAUAGAAAGCCACCUGCCACACACGUGUCCAUAAACACAUGGAGAAUCUACUGCAAUCCAAAAAAGAAACCACUUUAACACAAGUUAUACCACCAGGAAGCUUAUACACUUUAAUUUUAGUUGGCAUGAUCAUACAGGUUAUUAUUAUACUUUAUCAAUAAUUAACUUAACGCUCCUGUAAGGAAUUGCGGGUUGGUGGCAUCCCAUGUGAUGGCAGGUGAGUGCAUAUACUGUGGACUGUGACACAACAUUGUCCUAAUUCCUCUCAAGUCAUCACCAGCCCCCAAAAAUUUGAUUAUUGAUUUACUAGUAGUUCAUUAUUGUUGAUUUAUCCAAAUAAUAUAAGUGGCACUUCAAGUUUCUCUUGAAAUUCUAAGGUAAAAAGAUAAUUUGAGUGUUGAUGAGGCUUAUUUCGAUUCAAAAUUGUGAUUGCAGAAAAUAUGCAGCAAAGCAGGCAGUGAGUAAAAGCAUCAGGUGUGUGUGUUAGUAAAGCAGAGGAACAGAAAGCAGAGGAGCAGAGCUUGUUUUCAGUUCUUGAAAAGUUAGUUUCAGCAGCCAUAUAAAGCUCUCUAUAAGUACAGCAUCACUUAAAAUAAUCACUGCGUCUUUGACUGGAGUAAGACAAGAAUCACAAAUAGGAUUAAGUUUUGAUUAGUACGGCAACCUUGGUCCAUGGUACAAAUAGAUCAUUUCCAUCCACAGCUAUAUAAAUAGUUCCCAUUUAGCAGUUGCAUAUUGAUCAAUAACCCCAUUGAUUUCAUCCAUGUUCCUGUUUAUCCCGUGUGUGGUUCAUUGUGACAUCUUUUGGUAUAACACGCUUUGUCAUUAAAGCUGAGCUCACUGCAGUCUGACUUGCACAAUUCAAAUCCUCCUGGAGGCGGUGACUAAGUAGCACAGCACAAAAACAACGUGCAGUCUAGAGAAGUAUAGAUAUUAUGCUGUAUGAGUAUAAAAAUUUUACAACCUCAAGAAUCUAAUCUGGUAGCAUCCUGCAGUUGCACUCAAGCAGCAUGUUGUCAGUGCUAGUAGCAGGUGACAAAGCACAGAUGGGCUGCAGAUCAGACAAAGUGUGUCAGAUGGUGUUGCAAGCCAAAUACCAGGGGAAGUCUGUGAUGGCCUAGCUGUUUGUGAGCGUAAGCUCUAGGUGUGGAGUAGAGUGUCUGAGGGCAGCAGGGAUUGCAUACUUGUCUUUUCUUUAAAUGCAGCAUAAAGUUAGUUCAUGUUGUAUAUUUGUGUUUUUGCAGACUUUUUUAAUAUCAGCAAAUAAUGUAAUUUUGUUAUUGAUGACAAAAUUUUAUUGGCGUUUUAAACUUUGAAAAACACAUCAUUGUGACAUUUGUUAGCGUCUCCACCCAACAAAAUGUUCUUCCAUCUGAACUAGCAUAUGUUGUUGGCCAGGACAUCUCUGAAGCUCUCGAGAACCUCUUUGUAAUCUCUUAGAUAGGAUACCUCUUUGGCUUUUGGAGAAAGCUUAAACAGAAAGUUGCAGCUCUUGCUUAUAUGAACAUUUUCAAAUCAUCAUGUCUGCAGUCUAGUUAACUUUUCGUGAAUUUUACUGGAACACAAACUCCAAAACAUUUUGGACACUGUGAAAAGAGUUUGUGAAUCUGGAUCAUUUGCAGUUUUAACCUGCACAUGCAGAAACAAGGAGAUACAUGCAGUGAUUUCCACUCUAGAGUCCUGUCUGUUUUUAAUGCAUUGCUGCCUAAAGAUCAGGACCACCCAGUCUUGGUUUUGGUUCUUGUCCCUUGUGUACAGAGAUUUCUCCAGAUUCUUUGAAUCUGUUGACAAAAUGUUAUGUGGAUGAUUUUUUUUUAACUUGUUUUUGAGAAAAAAAAAUAUAUGUGCAAAUCACAAUAAUCUUUUUUUUUAAUGAACAUCACACACAGUGUCCUAAAUUUUUUUGGAAUCAGAGUUAUGCACUGUUCAGGCCAAAUGCUAUUCAGGUGACGAGGAAACUGCACAUGUAAGGGAGGCUUGCAUGUUUUUCUGCAGGAUGCAAAGCUGCAAAGCAAACGUGAACUUUUCUGCACUUAAGAAAGACAUCUGCGUGAUAAAGGAUCUUAGCCAAGCAGGGUUUUCGUUGAUUUGGAACAUGCUUUAAGAUUUGAAUAUGCCUCUGAGUGUCAUAUAGAACCCCUUUUGUUGAGGCAUCACCCAAAGGUCUUGUAAACUCGUGUUUGAUUGAUUAUUAUGUUCACUGUAGUACCGCUCGAGUGUGGGGCCAGUAUCAGUCACAGCUAGUCCCACUUGUUCAGCUUCCAGAAAAGCAGCAUUCAUCACAUUAGUAGCACCUGCAUAUUAAACAUACUUUAUAUGUGAUGAAAGUUGACUACAGAUGAGGUGAAAGACUGCAUAUUUCAUGUAGCAUGAAUGAGCAUGCUGACAUUUAUAUGUGCAGGUGAUUGAGAGGUUACUAGCUGUAUGUGUGACUAUAGUAGAGCAACAACUAAUUACCAUUGUCAUCAUUGAUGAAUUUUGCUGCUAAUUUAUUUAUUCAGCCAACCAAGGACCAGUUUAGUUCAUAACAUGCUGCAUGAAGAGAGUAUUGCUUUCUGCACUAGUAUCUGAUCUGUAAAACUCAUGUUGCAUGUUGGUGAACUUAAUGACCACAGAUAUAUCCAUGAUAGACAUGAAUGAGUUGAUAUCUGCUGCCUGAUUUAUUUGUCUAGCUCUAAUUAAAAAGGGGUAAAUAGCUGAGCCUGAACUUCCCACAGACAUUUCAGAGGAAUUUUCUGUGAACUCUCCGCCUCUUUAUAACUUUUAGAUUCCCAAGUGAGCGGAAGAAUUUGGGGCUUUUUACAGACACAGGGUGAACAGAGCCAAGUCGUAUCAACAGAAAAGUUUAGAAGAAUAACAGAGCUGGAUGAUGCAUGAAAUGUCUGAGCUCUCCCAAGGUCGUGGGAAGGGGUCCGUCAGAAAGCACUGUGUCCUGUCUGCUGCAGAAUUCACACUCGGUGCUCCUCACCCCGCCUCUGGGCUCGUCGGACCUUCUUGUAACCCUCGGCUUCCUGGAGGCUCACCACAUUGUUUCCGGUAGUUGAGCAAAACAGCAAAGUGCAGCAUGCAUUUUUCUGUCUGUCUGUUUCUGUCUCUUUGCUCCCUGCACAGAUUUCUGCUGUCAGAAAGGCUGGCCUGGAGCUUCAGCCAAAGACACAGAUGUUGGUUCUCUUCAUGAGAAUUGAACUAAAUUAUUUAAUGCUGCUUUUAAUCAAACCCUGCAUGUCUCUGGUUAAAAUGGACCUUUGGUAUUUAAACACAGGGCUGUAAAUUACUUAUGGGUAUGAAAGUUUUUGGAUCGCUUCAGUAGAUUUCUUCAUCUGGCAUCUGCAAAUUGGUCUGUAAUCGCUAACACUAAUCCUCAGGGCACACGCAUCUGAUCAAAGUACGUCCACCAAAGCUGCUUGUUAUUGCCACAAGAACGCCUGAGACUAUUUUUCAAAUUGUCUUAAAACAUGAUGAAAAAAAAUCCCUGGGUGAUGUAAAGAUAAGCUGUUUGUGUUCUGUGAAUUUGGUUGAAAAUGUUAGGUUUGUGAACAAUACAAUAGCAUCUGCAGGUGUCCAUCUGUAGAAGUCUCUUAGGUUGCAAUUCAUAUAUUUUUUAACCAAUGCUGAAUUUUGAACUACCAGUGCCCACAGUCUCAAAUUCAGAGCAGCUCUCACAGGGCUUGACACUGCCAACAUUUCACUCACAUUUUCGAAAAUAGAUCUGUGCGAAUUGUAAAAUGAACUUAGGGGCACAUGUGCGCAUGAAAAAUAGCCGAGGCAACAAAUGUUUUUUCAUAUAAAUACCGCGGCGAAGUUAGUUUUAGGUUGGAUAUCCAAAGGACAUUCACUGCGGAUCUACCGGUGUCUUCUCACUCUCCAUAGCCGGGAACAGCAACAGCAGUGCGGUUAAAUCUGCUCAGCACCCUCGCUGUUAACGUCGGGUGUUGAAUAAGUGACCAUCAAUGAAUUACCGGUUGAUGUUCUCAGAAAAGGCUGUUUUCAUUCAAUAGCUUCCAUGUCAUGUGACCAAUUGACCUAAAAUUGAUUUCAAAUAAUAGUACUUAUGCCGACCAAUAAGACACACCUCUUUAUUUCCUGAAUUUGUCCUCAUAUGAAUUUUUUCGUGUUACAUUUAAGGGCAAAUAUUUAACAUUUUCUUCAAUAGCUUCCAUGUCAUGUGACCAAAACACCAAAAAUUGAAUUCAAAUAAUAGUACUUAUGUUGACCAAUAAGACACAUUAUUUGAUCCGUUUUCAUUGUGCCCCUAAGUUCUUUGUGCCCCGUGUUAGCUGUUGCUGGGUUAAGAAAGUUCUCUCAUGCUAUUCCUGCUCCUAGCUGUGAUUGUUAUAUCUUUUAGAAAAUACUUUGUAUGCUUGAUAUUUAUGGUCAUUUAAAGCUCUGCUGAGGAACGUUAGGUUGAUGUUGAUUUUGGUGCCCCUUGUGGACAAAGUAGACUUUCUUAUUUUGUCCCCUUCAUGCUUAAUUCAUGUCUUCAUAGAUUAAUAUCAUCUUGCUGACUUUUGACAGUCAGGUGCAUCAUUUAUUUACCAGCUGCGCUCCCAAAGUUGGGGGUACUGAGAGCCAUUGACAAAUGUGCUAUGUUGAGGGGUUGUUGUGUCGCGGACUCUGGGAGCUUAAAAUACUAAACUGCUUGGGUUUGGAAUAAGUGCAAAAAACUCUGUAAAUGGUUGUUGUUUUGCUAAGAAGUAACUGUGAACAUUACAAACAAGGUGCCUUAAUUCUCAUGAAGUCCUCAUAGGCUUAAUAUUGCAACAGCUUGUCUACCUGUGACUGAAAGUUUGAUGACUAAGUGACUGAAAUUCAGCAAGCAAGAUGCUGAAUUGACGCCUGUGUGUGUGGUUACAAUUUGGGUGAGAAGCUGCAUCUUAGCUCGGUGUACGUGACGCCUGUCUGGUACAUAAAAGAACUUAAACCACAUAGCAGCAGAAAUACAACAUCUCUACCACUUUUGUGUGAAAGUACAGAGCGCUGCAUAUUACAGAUGAGGUUCCUUGAGCAGCCACUCGCACAUUUUUUCAGGCUGAAUGUUUGACUGCUCUGCUGUUUGUCAUCUGUCUCCGAUACAGGAAGCAGUUGGGAGACGGCCUAGGGAUGUAAGCUCAGUAGACCUCUGGUGUGUCAGACACGUAUGUGUGUGUAUAGUAACAGUGAGACCAGUGUGACGGCUGCAGGAUGCAUCGUCUUAAGUGCUGUGAUUAACCAAUGACAGCUCCUAUAAACAUAGCUGUUGAUUCUGUGCAGCCUCCCUACUGUACGUCUGUCUGUGUUGAUCCAUACAUCUGUAGUAAUGUAAAGAGCCUACAGUCUGUUUAAACAGUGUCGAGCUGAUUUGUCUGUUCGCCAACAUUAUUCAGUAGGUUCCUUUUACAGAUGCUUGUGACAGAUGCACCGUCAAAACAUUUGAAAGAGAACAUAUAUUCUGGAAACAAUCCUCACAGUAGUUUGGAAACGGUGGCAUCAAGCAAGCGUUUUUCUUUGUCUACCAACCUGAUGUGAAUACCAAGCUGAAGACUUACUUCAUUGCUCCUGUUAUUGUAGUUUUGGUUACUACUUUCUGGUAGCUUUUAUUGUCAGUGAUUAAAAUCUUUGCUUUUAAUGUGUGAAAUAAGUGGCGGACAGGUUUUUUAUCUGCUAAUACUGGCAGAGCAGGUCACUGUAGUAUUUGAUGUUUUAAUAGAUAAAUAUGAGGUAGAGUGGGGUCAGCUUAUUGCUGAGUGUUUUAUAACUUACCUCUGUCUUGGAGGAAAAGGAGACUUUUUAUUUUUCUUACUGCCAAGAUGUUUAGGAAACACCCUUGCUAUGUUAUUUGAUGUUAUAUAUCUGUUAACUGGCAAACAGGGACUUAUGAAAACCCUGAAGCCUGUUCUCCAGAUUCACAGCACAUCUGUCAGCUGUAUUCAAACUUCUAUGUGACUUCACUAACGUCUCUGUCUCUGGUUUUCUCCUCUCUGUUUAUGCUCCUGCCUCAUGGACCUGCCCCCGUCUUAUGUCGACUCGUGUCAUCUGACAACCUGUCUGCUCCACACACAGCUGUAAGUAUGCUCAGCCUGCAGAGCCUGUGGGCAUUCAUGGUUGUUAAUAAUGGGCCGUUAUAUUGGUGGUUUCCAAACGCUAACAAAUGUACAUCUUGUUUUUUUUUAUUUUACUAUUACAAAUGAUUCGUUUCAUCGCAGACACUUGCAGGAUUAGGAAGUUUGUAAAUUUAGAUUGUGCAGUCAAGCUUUAAAAACAAACAUGGCUGUUGCAGCUGAAAUUAAUUCAUGCUUUAUGUGGAUGUCCAUACAACGAUAAUGUCAUCAGUCUAAAACCAAGACCAAUGUCUUUUCUGCGUCAUUUUGGCCCCUCUUAACUUACCACUUGUAAAGGGACAGCAAAUGACUGGAAAUCUACAUAUCUGAUUUUGUUGGAGGGCAACCACUGCACUUGAAUUUACAGACUGAUUCUCAUGAUUUUAGAGCAUUUAAGUAUUAGAGCCUAUUUCCUCUGUGAGAUUGUGUUGCAGCCUGUACCUGGGCUGAUGGUUGAAGUAGGAGACUAGUGCAAAUCCAAAAGUUUUUGUGCCUGAUUGUUAAUGAAACCCUUCUAGAAAGGUAACAAUAGGGCCAAUAAAUGAUUACAAAAAUCAGAGAUGAACUAAAUGAAUCAAAUGCAAUCUUCUUUGAAUCAGAAACAGGGAACUUAGUUUUUUAAAGCUUUAAAGUCUUGCUCAAACUUUGUCUAACAUCUGAACUUGCCAGUAUAUUAGUCUGCUACAAUCAUACUCAUGUUCCAGUGCGGUGUUGUAGUAUCAGCUCUGUUUAUUUUUGGUCCACAGCAACAGAAGAACCUGGAGGGUUAUGUGGGAUUCGCAAACCUACCCAACCAGGUUUAUCGGAAGUCUGUGAAGCGAGGGUUUGAGUUCACCCUCAUGGUUGUGGGUGAGUAAUUCUCCUUUGGCACAUUUUUAUCCAUCCCCACUUCUCCUGCGUCUCUGGCACAAUCAAGCUUUUGUCCGAGGAUAACUGUUUCUCAAUCUGUUUUCCUGCUCCCUGUGUGCAGCUCCUAAAAAGACGCUGGUUCAGCUACAAACAGUGAAUCUGUGUUUGUGCAGAAGAAACUACUGUCGAGUAGUGUUGAGUUUCACAGACGCGUCAUAGCCGAAGUGCUAGCAGCUGGCUGUCCGUGCACAUUCGAGAUGGUUUAAGUUUGAGGGGGAUAAAGUUGCACAUAAAACCCAACUCUGAGAGGCCAUACUUAAAACAAAUGUCAGCCCUCCGGCAGCACAGGCGGACCACUGCUGCUGCAUGUGUGUGUUUGGCUCUCAGACUAUGUGGUGGGAGGAGGUUUCCUGUCAUUCCAUUCAUGCAGCCAAAGCCAGAGCAGCUGAUUCGAAAAGUGGCACGCCCAUAGGACCCUUCCUCUCUCUCGUUACACCAUGUCCAGCUCUACCUGAAAGCAGGAAGCUGCUCUGAAUGCUUGCAUGCUGUCACUUCCUGUCCCCCUGAAUUCAUGGAUUUUACGGCACUACCCAGCCAGCCACUGAGGCUAAAGAGCCGGUCACCAUGGCAAUCAGAACACCCGCCUCCUCUCCGCUGGCUGUGUUCAUGUAGUAACGCCCGGGAGUUUCCCCCCGCUGUGCACUCUCAGCAGAGAGGCUGUUAUGUAGCAAUUUAGCAUGCAGCGUAUAAUUAGGAUAGCAGGGAUUUUGGUAAAGUCAAGUGUUUGUCACGCUGGAGGAGCUGAAGUGUCAGACAGGGUGCACUUUUCCUUCAUUUCUCAAAGGCUUGGUGGUAGAGUUGUAAAUUGUGGAAUUUAUGGCAUCUAAAGGAAUUUCUACUCGCAUAUUUUGGAAAGCGAGAGACAGCUGUGAGGUUGAAAAGAAGAAUCAUAAUACAGACUCACAUUUGUUUUCACUGUAGUCUAUUCCCUCAGACCCUACAACAUCGUUUUAAUGAGAUGAAAACUAAGCAGUUCACACCCAGAGGAAAAUCUGAGCACAGCAUGAAUAAAAACAUUCCUGCCAGUGUUUAAAAAUAAUGACCUAAACCAGUCUCAUACCCACACACCCUGUGUCCAGCAUCUUUGGGACUAAAACACGUUCUGCAAUGGACUCAAAAUUGACUGCAGUGUAAGAGGAGAGUGAAAAUCCAAAGCUAGACCAUGUAGAAUGGGUUUGUUCAGUGUGGCUACCAUUAGCAGAGUUAGCCCUACAACCCUCUGAUCUCCUUGCACGAAAUGUCAAAAUGUCUUAGCUGGUCGUGUUUUGGUCCAUACAAGUGGUUGAUUGCCAUUUUAAAUCAGACCCAACGUAUGUACAAUUGUGUCUGUUUUCUGAGUGAAAAUACUGUCAAACCGCUUUAUGCUGCAUCUGCCAUCUGAGCUUGAUGUAAGCCAGAGCCUUCAUGUUAAAACGUAAGGUCGAAGCAGAAAUGCGGAAAGCUUCUUCUUCUUCUUGUGUGUCCACUUGAGUCUGAUUCAAAAGCCAUGGAAAUCUCAUCAACAUCCAUCUUAAAAUACUCAGUUUAAGAGCAGGACUGGAUAUGAUGGCAGCAGGAACAAGCAACAGGAAGACAAGAGGCCUUCAUCAGCCCCGCCCCUUUGCUUUUAGCUAGGAGGACCAAAAGUUAGGCUGGGUCAGUAUUUCCAUUAUGGUGAUGGUGCCUUAGAAACUGAUAGGUGUCUUCACAAGACUAUGUCCAUGUUUUAGAUGGUCUACUGCUGGAUAAACUCCAGGCAACAGAGCAGGACGUUACUAUUAAUGGCAGGUUUCUUUGUCAAAACUAAUCAUCCACAUCUUUACACCAGGUGUUAAGUUUUCACUUAAGAUCGUUUUUGACCAAAAUAAUAUGAACAAUUGUCUCUUACAGCCACUUUCCUGUUGCUGGAUUCAUCUGAAUUCAGUGGAAACCUUGUUCUGACCUGUAUAUUGCUGCUACUUUAAAGUUUAUUUGGGUUCAGGUUACCAUUAGUGUUCCUGUGGUUGAAGUAAUGGGGGAAAGCUCUUGUUGGUGGUUAAAGUAAAAGUGGGCCAGAGUCAUGUGUUAGUCAGAGUCAAUAUUUGGCAGUGAUUUUCACAUCGACAGGAACUGACCUUGAUGUUGUCCACUGCAGUUAGGGCUCUUUGUGUUUGCUGCUGGUUGAAUGAGCUGCACAGCGUACAUUAGAAGGAAUGUCCUCACAUAAACAUGAGGGCUUUUAGAGAAGGAGACGAAAUCUGACACAAGCCGGAGCCAAAUUGAUGGCUUUGCCAACAGAUAUAUGUUCACCACUGUUGUCAUGCUCCAGACUUGUUAAACUUUUACUGUCUGCUUCCCCCUUUUUGAGGGAAAGUCCCAUUCAUAAACACAGAGUGCUGCAGAGAAAAUGACUGCUUUUCAAGGAUAACACUGAAUUUCCCUUUCACAAACACACAGAGUGCUUUUCAUUUCACCUGCUCAUCAUUCUCCUCCUGUCUUAGAAGGGCUGUCAAAUGAAUUAACCCAACACUGGCUCCCUCUCCCAGGCCCAAAUUUUCCUGCUUCCCCUCCACCAGCCUCCUGAAUGCAGAGGGAAAUGUCUUUGAAUAAACCCCCACGGUUUACACAGCUGCUGGAAAUUUCCUUUAAAGGAAGCGUGUUGGCCACUGAGCUGGUCGAGUAGCAAGCCAACGAGAGCGAUGCCCGGCUGGAAUGACACUGAGUGGCUUCUUUAUUUACACUGAUUCAAUUAGCGGCGUGGAGGAUUUUAAGGGAACUAUAAUAAUAGAAAGGAGUCCUCAUCCAUCCAGCCUGCUGUGCGUUUGCUCUGCUGUCAAGCAAGUCCUCAGGAGAACAGUGUACAUAAGAAAGUUCAAUCCGUUCAACAACUUUUAUUACAACCGCAGGCUGUUUCAAAUUCCUUUUCUCUGUUCUUAUGCUAUUUGUAGAAAAAGAGCUGUGGAUAAAGAGCGAGGGAAAGUUUUCAAAAGCAGCCUUGUCUCAAAAUGAGCUAACUGGAAAACCCAGCAGUAAUGGAAAUGGGAAGAAAGCGGAGAGAGGAAGAAGGGUGGGGCAGACUGUCGCACGCCCCGUUUCUACACCUUUGUUUCCCCUCGCUGAAAACUCUCUACUCCACUCCAGGAUGCUAAUGAGAUCAAAGACACUGCUCCUGAACCUGAGCUGACUCUGGCACAGCCUCCUCUGCUGCUGUCCAGCACUGUGAUCACUGCUUUGCUGACUCUGCUACUGGCAGAAGCCCUCAAGCCUAUUAAGAGUUAAUUAACAAGUGUGCACAUGCUAUCACCCGAAAUAUGCAGGAGUCUGUUGUUUUGUUGCAUUAAUUCUUCAUUACUGUAAACAAAUUGUUCCAGACCUUUUUUUUAAUAGUUUUGCUCUUUUGUUUAAUUUUGAUGGUCACACAUUGUAUUUUUGUGGUAACUAUGACAACAAACCCAUUCAGCUGACAGUUUCCAGUGUUCAUAACUUGUUAAUGCAGAACACCAGUGUAGUUUUUGGAAGGGUAAUGUUUUCACUGAUAGCGCUGUAGGCCUACAUUGAUGAAUAUAUGAACAAACGUUUAAUCAACAAGUGAUUCUGGAGCCGAUCAGCAAAGAUGACAAUGUUAAAUCUACCAGUUAACCAUGUAAACAAAGGGUCAAACAGACUAUAUGGGGUUCGUCAAAGCAGCAGUGGUAAAUUUAUCCCACAACAAGCUUCAGGAAGAGAACUUUAAGGGCUGAGUUAUGUGGUGUAUUCACAGCCGUCUUCCAUCCAAAAGCAGCAGCCACAUCUCUGCACAGCUAUGAUCAGCAUCUUGACUAAACCCACCCGCCCCACCGCCACCGCCAUCUUCAUCAUAACUCUGAGUUUGAGGAAUUCUUCAGUAACCAGAGCUCCUCUUUCUCUCCCUCUGAGACACGGUCCUGGAUCAGACCGUUUCUUUUCGGUCCUGCUGUUCUGGCCUUCUCUCAUCUUUUUAAAUUAAGUCUGACAUUUCUAACACUUCUAUUUCACCCACUGUUUGGACAAAACCACAGCCUCCUCCCGUUACCCAUAAGCCCUCAGUGCUUAGCAGUCUGCACUGCAGCCUUCUUGUAUGUUUCAUCACAGAAGAGCCACAAUGGCUGAAACAUUUCAGUGAAAAUAAAUGUGGCUCUACCCUCUUAGGAAAAUAUUUAUGACUCUGAGUGUGUGUGGAGUGAAGGAUCCUUUUGUCUGAUGUUUUCCUCACCCCCUCCCUCAUCCUCCCCUCUGCUCUUGCAGCUUUGGGUGUCCAAGUUGUUGGCAGCGGUGGCCCAUAUUGGCCCUGACCACUUGUAAAGGUCAGGAGUGGCUCUUUGGCUGUGGUGCCAGCCUGCCAUAUGACUGCCUCUCCUCUCACACUGAAGCUUUUGUUCAGCAGUUUCUUGUUGCCUUCCUCUCGGCCCGGUCGUUGCAUGAACACACUGCUGCUGGUUUUGGAUUACAGCUGUAACUCCCUCCUGGUUCUUGCAGAAUCUCUGAGAUUUUUACGAAACUGUUCCCUGUCCUCAGCCUGUUGAAAUCUGAAAAUCACUCUUCGAAUUACUGGAAGUCUUUAGGUACAAAUAUGAAUUCAGUAGCAAAAAUGCUUUUUUGGUUCUUAUGGGACCCAAUAAGGGACAUUUCUUAUAAAAACUUAGAUAAUGUUCAUGAGCUCUUAUCCUAUCGGUUCUGAAGUCUAUCUUCAUGGGCUACAUGCGUUGGAUGGAGAGGGAAAGUCAUCAUCAGUUUGUUGUGGAGUGGAUUCAUGACGUGACAGAGUUUCCUGUUUUAAACCAGCUUAACUCCUGGAGUGAGGUAACAAAGCACAUACUUUGGGAAAAAUAAAAGAUAACCUGUAGUGUGUAACAGCACAGUCUAUAUACGGGGGACCGAACAACAGACAGUCAGGUAAGACAAGUUUGAUAUAGAGAAACAGCCUCUGUGGAGCAUAGACCGCUGCAACAAGUCAUACCAUGAAGUGUAGUCCAUCACACAUUAGUUUUUCAAAAUAUUGGACCCAGACAGUCUCUGAUAGAACCCCUGAUAGACAAAAGCUCCUGGAUGUUACAGAAAAACUCAGAGUUCAUAAGGUGAAAGCUGCCGGUCUCAAGAAGCGAGUGGAUUUUACUGCAAGUUGCCAUGUCGUACUGUUGUUAAUGUAAACAGACAGUAUGUUUACAUGCACAGUUUAGUCUAGCAGUUACCUACUCGAGUCAGAACAGUAGUUCUCAAAGGGGUUAGGGUUUACUCAACUCAGCUCAUCUUUAUUUCUAAAGCACUUUCGAACAACCACAGUCAAAACAAAGUGCUGUGCGUACCAAGUAGACAAAAACAACACAGACAUUUGAGGUGCGAGUUUGGCCAGUAGUGUUUACAUUAGGAGUCCCAUGCAUGGAGGCUGUAGCUUUCAUACCAACCUGCUGCUCUCUUCUGCUUAUUGUUCCCUACCUCCCUACUAGUGUCCAAUCCCCCUUCUAGUUUCCUACCCUAUCCAUUGCCCAGGUUGUUGUGUUGUGUUGUUGUAACCAGAAACAGUGAAGUUUGUGGUCAGUUUCCUAGACGGUCACUCUGGUGUCUGUAAACUUGGGCCCUAUAUUUGGAUUCAGAUGACUAAUAGGUCAAAAUACCGACUUGUUUCCGCAUUUGUAAUCAUUCACUCGGUGUGUGUUUAUCCUGUUCUGUUGGUACUCGCCACAUUACUGAAAACAAAGGCAUGCUCUCAAUGAUUCCUUAAAUUAAUGCUGAAUGGAUGUCAAAAAUGUGCAAAACUGCUUGUUUUUGUCGCUCACAGGCCGUGUUGUUUUUCUAACCCCUUUGUUAUGUCUGAAAUAACAGAAAAAUCCUGUGAAGAAGGUAGACCUUUUGUUUUAGGACUAAGAGGCUUUUUGAAACAAAGGAUUGUGUUGCUGCUGUUACAGUCUGCACUGAGAAAUCCAGCAGCAUAACUCACUCUGCAGCUCAUAAACUUUGUCCUUUACUCAUUUGUCAUUCAGGCCCUGUCAUAAAAGUAGCACAAUUUAACAUGAAGAUGAGGAUUAAAUCAGUCCAUAACUCUUAGUAAAGAGUUUUUUCAGGAAAGUUAAAGGUUGAAUUUGCGAGAGAGUUGUCUGAUUUCUCCCCAUGCUCCCAGUUUCUUGCACUACAAUGGAGUCUGCUUUUGAUUUCUGUUUUCAUUCCUUCGUCAGAUUGAAAAUCCAUCAUGACUGUUGUGGUUGAAAAUCUUCCUUCCCCUCUCCUCCCUUCCCAUGAUUCCCUGAUUAGAUUCCUGAAAUGCAGACAGGAAAAGAAUUUGGGAGGACAGAACUACAGAGCUUCCUCCCCGUCUGUCUCCUCCUCUGUCUCGUGUUCACACUCGGCUGUUUUUUUUUUUUUCUAAUGGAGGUUAAAGGGGGGCAGUUUCCUGUCCUGAGAAAAGGUUUGAAUGCAAAGAAUGUCAAACACUGUAGGACUUCAUCAGGAACGGGGUCGAUAAACAUCUGGAGAUCGUGUCAUGUUGCUCCUCAGUCUGGCAUGAAGAAGAGGAUUAGAAAACAAGAACAGCGUGAAAUGCAUCUCUCCAGCUCCCUCCCACCUACCCACCCACUCACUUUGGCUCUUUCUUUGUCUUUCAGGAGAAUCAGGACUGGGGAAGUCCACCCUCAUCAAUUCACUCUUCCUUACAGACUUGUACUCCUCUGAAUACCCGGGGCCUUCACACAGAAUAAAGAAAACUGUUCAGGUAAUUUACAUCUCUCUGACACACUCCUUUUCUUUCUGCUUACUGAGGAGUCACCCCCUCCGUUUGCAGCCUUCACUUCCCAUUUUCACCACCACCACCCCCCCACCCCCCAACCAUGACACUGGCCAGUCAUUGCCAGAGCCCAAGGCUGCUGUAUCACAGGUGUGCCUGUACCUUUUGUUUUUCUGAGCCUCACAGCCGCCGACUACAUAGUUUCAGUGUGAGAUCUUGUUUUGUGAAGCUGCUCCUCCUCGCUGUGUUUGUGUUCGACUGUGAAACCGGUUCAUCUGCUUUCACACACAGAUAGUUUGUUUGCUGAAGGCUGAGAUGUGUUGUAAUAUUAAAUUAGGUAAUGUCAUUAGGUUGUUGUGUGUUCUGGAGUUGAAACAUAUUACAUUAAGCUGACUUUGAGAGGCGGCAUACUUUUCAUCUUUGAACAGAAAUAAGUAACAUAACUCAGUUAGGAAGAGUCGAACACUUUUACCCAGAAUCUGUUCCACAAUAGGACCUCAGCGAUUUUAUAGACUAUAUCAUGUUCAACAAACUAACCUGAAACCUGAUGAGUUCACCUGAAUGGCAUCCCUGCAGCUAAUCCUUUGACAGAGGAUCCAAAAACCCAGUGAGGAGAAGAAAAGGGCGAGGAGUUUAGCCAUUGGACAAAAUAUAACCGGUUCAAAAGUCUGAAGAAAUGUGAAUGUUGAGCAAAAUGUCUCUGUCAGAUUCUCAGUCAAAAUGCUCCCUUGCUCACCCCUCCUGUUGACAAAGCAGCAAUGGUAUAAAAACAGCAGACACCAACAAAUAGUAUAAAUGACAGCAGUUAUGGAUGGUGUAAAGACAGCUGCACUAUUGAUUUGUUGUGCUGGUCUCAAGGCUGGUAUUGAUGUUGUGUACAGCUGGAGUUCAGAUGUCAUCCACAGACAGUGGUGAAGGACAUGUCUGAAUCUGUCAUGACAUUAUAGACUUUAAUCUAUCUGAGAUUUGCCAAAGGCAGUCUUUGAUUAAAUACGAACAUCUCUGUAAACAAAAUCUAUUUACCUGUGUUCUCAGCAAAAUCAAAGUAUGAACCAGUCUAUCUGUCCGUGUGUGAGUCAGCGUCACUCACAACUGUUUAUACAGGAAGAGAUUUAAUAUUAUAAUCACAAAGAUCUUCAUUACCACCUAAAUUACUCUCAUAUACUGAAGGAGAAGUGGAAACAUCAAAGGGAAUGCAGAGGACGAUGUUCAACACAUGUUUGGUAUAAACAUGUGAGACAGCGUUAGGGUUGGGUAUCGAGUCUCAAGCAUCAAUGGGGACAGGGACUGACAUUCCAAUUCUCCCGAAAUCAUUCAAAUUUUAAAAUUUCGAUUCCGAAUGUCCAUGCCGGAGUCCGUCGACCGGAAGAAAUAUCCGCCGAACACCAAUGAGGACGAAGCGUAUGAGACAAAGCCACACAGAGAGAGAAGAGAGACAGAGAGAGAAAGUAACAAAAUGAUUAUUCACGAGAAUAAAGUCGUUAAAUAAAUGAAGUCUUAAAGCUGCUUUUGUGGAGGAGGAAAUGGCUGGAACUGGUCAACUGCAGUUAUCUAUCGAUGCAUCAGUGGGCCAUUCAGAGGACUUUCAUGGUUCCUCAAGAAACAAUCCGACUGAUGAUCAACAUUUAUGAUUCAGAGGGAGUCGAACUCCGACGAGCACUGCAUCUGUCUGUGAUACCCGCACAACACUGGUAGCAACCUACACCUGCAGAGGCACCAACACCUUAUGACCUAUAGAUUCAUAUAUAAGCUAAAGUCAUAUGCUAUUGCUAUAAACGGCUGCAUUGAGGGAUUAAGCCUCUGCACAGCCAUAUCCAGCCAUUUCCCCCUCCUCAAAAACAGUGAUUCCCUGUAAGUCCGCCUGGUUCUUUCUGCAGAAAAGAUGCAUUUCCUGCAAAUGUCCUGAUACUUAUGACAAUGUGAUGCUGAAACGCCAAAGGAUUUAGUAUCUCCUUGUUUGUGAAACUUAGCUACUGAAGUACAAUUCAUCUAAAUGCUCAUCAGUACUUAUUUAAACAACUAACAACAGGUUAGAAUAGCUAUUAGCUACAGCUUUAUUCUCGCAAGUAAUGAUUUAAGUACGACUUCAUUCAAGAAAUUAUUUUAUUACGACUUUUUUCUCGUAAAUAAUUUUAUUACAACUUAAUUCUCGUAAGUAUGAAGUCUUAAUUUUUUUUUCUUAAUGUGGCCCUAAUACUCAGUUGUAAAGAUAUAUCUUAAAUUUUAAAAGUUGAAUAAAAUGUGAGAAAAAAGUCAAUUAUAUUCAAAAUAUGUUUAAAUUAUGAGAUUGAGGUUCAGUUUGAGUUAAAAAAAAUGCGACUCUGAGACGAUUUGUCAUAUUUAAGAAGUAGAGAUAGGAGGUGUUCAACUUUCACUGCAUUAUUAUGACUUUUUUCUCAUUAUACAAAAGUCUUUUCAGUCAUUGUUGUCCAAUUAAAAUCCCCUAGUCAAGCUUUAACUGCAGCUUGACUUCACUGAGUAUAAAAACAUUCUGAAUGCAGUUUUUAGCAGUUUUUCAAGGAAAAACCUCUGUGACUCGUCAUCUUUGUGAGGUUGAGAGCUACAGUUGCUCUAAUGUAACAGAUAAGACUGAGCUGGUUGACUGACUGGCGCUGUAUUUCCUGACUCUCAAUGAUAGUAGAGCUUAAAUUAUAGAAGUGUGUGUGUACCGCGCAAAAGCCCACACAAACAGAGAACUUCCUGAGAUGAUGCAGAGAUAAAAUGAGGCACGCGCCUCAGUGUACAGAACAGCACCCCUCCCAGAUCCAGCUCAGCAAGCUUCCUCUAACAUGACGACAGCUUGACUCUGAGUGUCACACACCUCCUCUGCGGGGUUUGUCAUCACUUUAUGAUGCACUGAUGAAACAUUUUCAAAUACCCUGAUGUCCUGAUUAUUUACAGAUGAGUCCUGGACCCAGCAGUUCUUGAUUCCUAUGAGCAGAAAGCUGACUUUUCAUUGAAAAAUGAAAACUCAGUUUGACCUUAAGUGUUGGGUGAAAUUAGUGUGGUUACAGAGUCGUUUUAGGGCUGUUGCACCCUCAGCCACACCUAACUCUUUAUGCAUUGUACUAUAGGAGAGCUAAUUUGAAGUCACCUGGCUCGUUAACCCAGCUGGGAUGUCAGGUAUUAAACUGAUGCAUUGAGCAACAGGUUUUUUUGUUCUGAUUUUUUCAUAUGGUGUUAUAUUUUACCCCAAUCACCCUUGUUAUUUCUGUCAUGAUAGACCAGUGAUGGGAAGAACAGUUCUUUUGACUCUACUGAAUCCUUAGUAUCCGUUAAUUAAAACAAUUCGUUCAAAACAUUCGUUCACUGAAUCAGUUGGUGCUUUGGAGCCCCGUCCUGCCGGUGCACCAGUGAGUGACACAGCGGUGAGUUUGUUCAUUGAAAGAGCCCCUCCCCUCCCCUUGUGCUGAAGUCACAGCGUCGUUCACUGGGUGAGACAUGUCAUUCAUCUGCCAAGUCCUGAAGAAAGAAUCACUCCCCCUGCCCUGAAAAACUCACCUCUCUGUGUGUCGCUGUCGGCGAAAACAACACAGCAGCAAGCAGCACGCCCGCUAAACACGUGCGAAUCGUCGUUCUUUUAUAUCACAGAAAAGUGGAGAGUUUAAAAAGAAAUAACCAUUGCAGGUUUAGCGUAGAUUCUGCUACUUUUAAAGAUAUCAAAUAGCAUAUUGCUUUAAAUCAGUUGAAAUUGCCUUCUUGCAGGAACGUUUAUACUAGGGUCCGACCGAUUUAUCGAUUAAAUUGGCCAAUUUUAGCCCAUUUAAGACUAAUUCAUGUAAGACACAACACUAUGAUCGACUAAAUGAAGUCGUGUUGAACUUAAGUAAACCUUUCAUAACAAAUGCGUCACAACAGGUAAUAGCAGCAGAGAAGUAAAGCAGCUUUAAUUUAGCCAUGAGUGGAGAGAGGCGAGCAGGGAGAGGAGCUAAACAAAUUCUUGUUUAUUUCGACAGGCUGAAGAAUCCUAACAGGUAUUUUAUCUGUUUUUACCAGCUUCAUACCAUCAGUUGAAUUUCUCUACCAAAAUACUGUCAAAAGCUCAAGUAAUUUAAAGCCUACCCUGGUAUUAUGUUUCUACCAUACCUCAGUUUCUUCACCUUACCAUGAAUCAGUUUACAGUAUCCACUGCUGACACUUUGAUGAGCUUUCUGAAUGACUGUCAUGUCAAAUAAAUAUGUAAGAGACAUCAAAAGUGCAGAUGUGACUGAGCCAGGAAUGAGGCUGCGUCCAAGAGUGAUAUGAAUGUGUGAGGCAUACGGUUUCUGCCCCGACUCCUCCAUCUUUGAUGCCGUUUGCAGUGACGAUGCAGACGAUCAGGGUUUGGCAGCUUCCUCAAAUAGAGCACGCAGCUGCAUAGUUCUACCCGAGCGUCCUUUUGAAGAGUGAAAGGUGAUACUGUUGGUGUUUGAGAGCUCCUGCAGGCUUCUCUCUGCCCGCCUCCCUCCCUCUGUUGUAGGGCAUUAAGAGUUUGGCUGGUGUACAGUAGAUCAGCUGCAUGGCGAGGAUCUUCCCUUCACCUGCUCCCUGUGAUCUCCUGCUUUGCUCUAAAGCUCCUCUAAUCCCUGGCUACACACUGAGGGGCUAUGUCUGCCACCGCCCUGCUGCUGAGUCCAAUUUGCUUACCUGCCUAUUACACCUCCUCAGCUCUUAUUAAGAGUUCAAAGGAGAUUCAGCCUCUUUGUUUGUGUGAGCUUCUGUUGGCUGCACAUUUGUGGAUUUCACAAGUUUUCUUGCCACAAUGGGAUAACCUGAGGGCCGAAGUGUUUGCUCAAAACAAAAAGUACUGUAUGCAUGAGUUGGUGUGUAUUGCAGUGCUGUUUAUCCUUACAAGACAUUAAAUAUGGAAAACAGAGAGCUCUCAUUUCUCUCCGCAGGGACCACAAACUAAUCACAUUUCGAAUAAUUGUGGCUGCUUUUUUUUUUUUUUUUUUCCCAGGCAAAGCCGAGGAAUGUGAUGAAAUCCAGAUGAGUGUUGUGUGUCAUAAAACAAUUAAUUAUUUAAAAACAGGAGAAAGAUGAGUGAGAGGAGAUGGUUUGAGAGUUUUAACUGUUACAGAUCCAAUAGACCGGGGCAGAUGUCCCUGUAGUUUUUUGGUAAAUAAAGUCUUUGAGGAAGGAGAGCAUACGGGGACAGGGACUUGGUGAUUAGCCAACGAACUACUGCAUGCACUCGGCUCGGUCUUGUCCUGCUGAUGUACAGACAUGUCCCGCUUUCUUCGUCAGACACUCCCAAUUCACCAGAACUUUUUACUGCCUGACAACAUUACAGAAAAGAUCCCAACACAGAUAGACCAGAAAUAGGUGUCACGCUGCACUUCUUACAGCCCCAAGACUUCACCGACAAACACGAUUUCUCAGAAGUCCGCCACUACGUCAGUCAGUAGUUGCACUAAGAGUUUUUAUCACUAGAGUUUGAUCGCUUCAGAAAGAGCUGAUGAGCAGCUGUGUCCGGCUGAAAAGAAAACAUCAUCUACUGAAGUAAAAACAUCUAUCUCUGUUAGAAUCCUUCCUGUUAUGUUGAUAGAAACGUGAAGGUCAAAUCUGAUCCUCUUUGCUGCAAAAAAAGAGCAAAAUUUGUUAUUCUGGUACUUCUCAGUACCGUGUUUAGAAAAAAACAAAAAGUGAAAGGAAAUAUGAUGCUACUUUCUCAAUGUUUCUUACUUCUACCUGACUGUCCUCAUUCACGUCAGCAGGAUAAACAUGUUACAUUAGUGUCUGACUCAGAGACGUAACAUAAACACUUAAAAUAUGAGGCUGCUCAGAAAAAAAGGGGAUCUUAUUCCCGUUUCUGCAAUAUGAAAAAAAAUCAGGAAUUUAUACCAGAUAAAAACAAUGUAUUGUAGGUGCACUGUGGGUGUAGAUAUUGGAAAAAAAAAAAACAUUUUGUGGUCCUGUCAAGUUAGCCCAAAAAAUUAUGAGCACUGAGACUAGCAGGACCCAGAAAAUCUGCAUCACUUCAUCGAUCGUUUUCAAAGUAGAUCUCUGUAGGUUUGACUCUGCCAGCACAGAGGCCAGUUUCUGUGUUCAAGUAAGAGGCUGCUUUGAAUGAUUUCAGAUUGAGGUUUUUAGUCGAUUAACCCGGGUAAUAAGGUAGUGGUGACAGCCUGACAUCUUUCAGGUCAUAUGACUGAUCAUGUGAUGUGACACAUUGCAGGUAAGACGUUCAAACAAUAUUAUUCAGCCUUACUAAAUGUUGGUCAGUCUUGACCUGCAUACUGUUGGCUGUGAACUGAAAAACAUUAGCGCAAAAACAUAAAAAGUAUGAAGUGGCCAAAACUGAUUUUAAUAAAGGAUGCAGAAACAUUUUCUUGAAUUCAGUCUGCUAAUGGAAACAGGAUAGGGAGUGAUUUUAAAAACAGACAUUAACUCCAGAAGAACAGCUGGACAGUCACCAUUACAUUUGUUUUGCUGCUGUUUGUUAACAGUAAAUGAGCUUGCAGUCCGCUGAUCCAAUCAAAUACAGGCGUUUAACAUGACUGUCCCUGUGCAGUGUGGUAAAGCCUAACAGUGUUGUUACUUUUCCCAUGAGCUCAUCGUCUGUAGGCUGCCUCUCUGGUUAAUAGGCAUGACUGUGGCUUGACUCAUCCUGUUACGCUACAGAGAAGGAGACACAGCAGGAUUCCUCGGUGUCGUCUACUCAGCAAUCCUCCAUGUCUAACUUGAACUGUGUCACUGUAGAAAUCUGUGUCUGCAUCAGAGUCAGUGUUAUGUCCUUCGCCUUCGGACUUGACUUGUUUUUAAGGAUGUCAGUCUGUCAGGUUCUGCAGGUGCGCUUGGAACAUCACAAGCAUAACUCGUUCACUGAAGUCAAAUCUGGUUUCUUAAAACCUGGAGCUCAUUUUGUAAUAGAUGAUCACAGGGAACUACAACUUAUGAAUACAUGAUCUAUGGCUCCACAUGCUAUUAAUGACAGGAUCUGAAGAUGAAAACCGCAAGAGGUUUAUUGCAGUCCAUAAUAUUUAAAUGAGCAGAGGAUACAGAUGUUUUAAUACAGGAGGUAUUUUGAAAACACUGCAGUACAAGCUUUCUUUUUUAUUCUCAACAUUCAAAAAGCAGCAAUUUGUUAUUAAGUUAAAAAAAUGCAUAUUUUGAAACUGCUAAUAAUCUCUGCAUAUUCAUUGAUAACCAAGCAAGUAGUCUCGUAUAACUCUUUUUAUAUAUUAUAACUGCACAACCCCCCUACUAGAAAGAGCUACACAUUUGCAUGGAAACUGCACAUUGCUGGACACAGAUCAAGUCUUUGCAGCUCAGAUUUUUUUCUCUUCAGCGUCCCUCGUGCAAGAAAUCUUAUCUGGCUUCUUCUUUCCUCACAAAUGCUCAAACCACAGACCAGAAUUAAACAGCUCUGUAAACAAAUUCACCACAGGGAGUAAAAACCGCUUUGCAACCAACAAGCAUGUAAUCUACAAACUGAGCUGAGCAGUGAGGAGAUGAACUUUUCGAACAAAGCUGCUCCUGAGUCUAUCAGAGAGUUAAGGAGCGGCUUUGAUCAGUCUGAGGCUGACACACAACUCGUGACGGGCUGAUGAACUUUGAUUUAAUCUGCAGCCCUGAACCAGACCUCGCCUGCCUCUUCUGCCAGUUUCUUAUCAGGCUGUGGGUGAGUGAUGAGCAACACUCCAGCUGAAGCAGUGAACAAAUGCUGAUAUUACCAUGCUUUUUCAAAUAACACUGCAAAUACAGAGGAUGUUAUCAGCCUUAAUGGAAUAGUUUUUUGUUAUUUUCCUGGAGGCUGAAGGCUUGAAUCUUCUUAAGUUCUUCAAAAAUGAUUUCCGUCCUUCAGUGCAUGUCUCAGCUGUUGUCCUCUAAAAUCUCUCAGACCAGACUGUUGCAUAACAAGAGUCCCUGCAGAGCUUUUAUAGUUGACCCUUAACCCCCUGACCCCCACCCACCCACCACCCACCUACCAGCGUCUGUGUACCUCAGUCUGGCUGUCUUUAAACUGACCUCUGACCUCUGAGCUAAUGCUACAAGGCUAAACUGACCACACAGACAGUAAUUACUGUCACACAGUUGGCAAGACACUUUAAAUUGUCAUUAAAUGUUUGAUAUUGACAGUUCAAUGUACAAAAGAGGAAGAACUGUGUGCAGAUCUGUAAUAUUUCUCCACAGAAUCCUGGUGUUGUUAAACCUGGGCUUUAUUUUCCCAUAUUUUGUGGGAUUAAACGGCCAAUAAAUCCAGAGUUUGGCAAUCAAACCAGCAAAUUGCUUCAGGAGGCGUUUGCGAAAUCCACUGUAAAUGCUCAGACAGAAUUCUUUUGAAACAGUUAUGCCCAAAUCUCAGCAGGAAUCAGUCUGUAGACCUGGAUCUGCCGGCAACAAGGGGCUCAAAUCCAACGUGUGUCCAACGUGUAACUCCAGUCAGAUUUCUUUCGACAGCUCAGACCUCAUCCAAGUUCUUGUCUUUACAGUAGUUCAGAAUAAUUUUGUAGAUUUCUGCAGAUUAUGUGACUGAUUUGAGUCCUUAUUUUCCGCUGCAGGUGGAACAAUCAAAAGUUCUUGUAAAGGAGGGAGGAGUCCACCUUCUUCUCACCAUCGUCGACACCCCCGGCUUCGGUGAUGCAGUGGAUAAUAGUAAUUGGUGAGCUCAGACAUCUGUUAUUGAUAUGCUGCUUGUUCAAAGCCACUUUGUAUAUCAAUCCGACAUUAACAUGACUAAUUUUCUGUCCUCAGCUGGCAGCCAGUUAUCGACUACAUCGACAACAAAUUUGAAGAUUACUUAAACUCCGAGUCUCGAGUCAACAGGAGGCAGAUGCCGGACAGUCGUGUUCAUUGUUGUUUGUAUUUCAUCGCACCUUCAGGCCAUGGGUACGUACCACACGAGUCCCACUGCCCAUUCAACCGAUGGAAAGGUGAAGUUUUAAAGUGUGCUUUAAAAAGUGGUAUUAACACACACCAUGUGAGUUUAAAAGGUAGCUGUUCAAGUUCAGGUUCAUGUUAAAAUUCACAUAGUUGACGUGGACACAGAUGUAGAACAUUUGCACACAAGGAGCAGCAGGAAAACCGGAUUUUGGAUCUUGUUCACAGUUUGAAUCCAGAACAAACCGCUGGAUUGAUUUACGUCUUAAAGCUGAAUUAAGAAUCAAAAAUGGCCCCAGAUGUUUGGAGCUGCUUUCCAUGUAUUCAGCCAGCUUUUUGUAGGAUUUUGGAUUUUAUGAUGGAUUUGGACUUGAGAGCCAGCUCUUCUUCAGCUGGAGAUACUUACCGGCCAACCAAUUUUAGAUUAUAAAGACAGUCCUCUGAGUCAAGCCAACGUUUCUGAGAGAGUUCCUGGAUCCUUUUUUUCUCUGUUGAGGUGCUUUCCCAAAACUGAAAACUUGGCAUGUGGUUGAUAGUCGGACUCAGUCCAUCGCCAUCUAACCGGAUUGUAACUCCAGUGUAAAGUUAGAGCAGCAAAGAUCUCUGACAGUAGAUCACCUCUGUGUGGUGCUCCCUGCCAUGAAACAGGUCCCAGUCCUGCUGUGGGCUGAGUGUGGUUUACUAACUCCCUCAUUCGCUCAUUUUGUGGUUGUUCGGUGGGCUGGCAGCGUGAGCCGGAGAAAAACUUCAAUCGAAUGACUUCUUGUUCAACCAGAAUCACUCAAAGGCUCCAACACAAAAACACUAAGAGCAGAGGUGUUUUUUCUGUGCGUUAAUCAGUGAGGCCCGGCGCCCAAAAACACGCCAGUGACUUUUAUGACCUUUGACCCCUGCCUCAUACAAAUGUCAGGUCAAUGAAGUCGACUAGUGAAGCAUGGAGGAUUGCAUGUGACUUCCAACUUGAGCUACAGGACAAAUUGCAGUGUCAUCAUUAACACUGUGGGAUUUCACAACGAAGGCUUCACAGUAGUCUUAAUUUGAGUUCAGAUGUUUUAAAGGAAGGAAAGUUAUUCUACGGUAAAGAAAGGAUGCUUUUUCACUCAGUAUGUGCAGUUGUACCUGCAGGAUCGGGAAUUAUCUGAACGCCGUUUUGAUCCAGGAAGAUGAUGAAAAACUCACUGUCAGCUUCUCUCAGAUAAAUUUGUGACUACUUUGUCAGUAAAUAAAAAUGUUAUUUUGGAUUUAUCUGGAAUAACUGUCUGUGACAUGUUGCAAAAAACAGGCUGUAACAGUUUGACUGUAGAUGCUUUGCACAGCCCAGAGGUCACUCCAUUUUUAGCACCACCUUCUUUGUAACAUUCACUCCUCCACACAUUAAAGAAACAUGAGCCUAGGGUGGAUCCUUGAGGAACCCCUUCAGAGAUCAGGUUAGGAAGAGAAAACCCUUAAAUUAAAAGCUUAAAACUUGAACCUGCCAUCAAGUUCAGGGGUUAGCGACUCAGCAUGAGGCUGUUUCAGAGUCCUAUCUCUGCAGACUCACGGGAGCAGGUGGUAAUAAAUCUCAGAGCUGCAGGUUCCAGCUGUUUUAGGAUUCCCCUGAUGCCUCAUCCCCUGGCCACCAGUCAGCGGUCCACACCUGUCCCGCUCUUCCUGUGGCCUCACACCGGUUAACCAAACGGGAAUCACAUUGGUGUAAUCUAUCCUGAGCUAGCUGACCUGGAGACACCAUUCCUCCCAUCUGUGUCUUGACUCUCACUGCUGCCAAACACACACACACACAGACACACACACACACUUGGCCGGGCUGUUCUCUCACAUAAAGCCAAACUGUGCUUCCUCCAACAAAAAGUGGUUUCUGCUGUUGAGCCUGUUGGCCCACAGUGACCCGGUGUGGGUUCCUGACCACAGCCCUGCCGGCCCUCUUGGCAAAGAAGGACACCACAUGGAACUAUUCAUUUUCAACACCUGCCCUGGAGAUGGAGAGGAGUGUGUUUAAGAGUGUUUAAGUGUUUCUGGAGGAUACUUAGACUUGGUGUAUGAACUAAACCCGAGCAGAUUUGGCUGCACAGAUUAUCUGGUCUUCGGCCGGUUACAUUUGUGUUGAGUUUUGGCGUUAGGUUUUUUGUCUAUGGAUGAGAUUGAAAUGUUUAAAGUUUAACACAUUAAAUAAACUGUUAACAUAUUAAGAGCACAUCGCAACCAUCUGCUGGGAAGAAAAUAUUCUUUGCAGUGCUAAUAAACGAGUAAAUUCAUAUAGUCAGAUUUAUGCUAUACAUAAAUAUAUACUCAGAAAGGAGGAUAAACAAGUCAAUGGGAAAAUAGCAUAUAAAAUAUAUUUGAAGAGCUUUCAAAGUUAAAUAUUGGUCAGAAAUCAGUUUGGAAAUUGGAUACAACAAAACAAAAAAACAAACAGGAUUUUUUUGUUUUUAUUGCCCAAUAUUGAAAUAUGGAACAGUACUGUUUGAUUUUUAUGGGGUUUUUUUUGUUUGCUUGUUUGUUUGUUUGUUUGUUUUUUUGUUAUUGCAAGAAAAACAAUCUGUUAACCUGCUGUUUACUGGCAUUUUAAUGUUGUUAUUACUAUGUUAUGCAACUGUCUCCUCCCUCUGCUCCUUCUCCAGACUUAAACCGUUGGACAUAGAAUUUAUGAGGCGGUUACAUGAAAAAGUCAACAUCAUCCCCCUGAUCGCCAAAGCAGACACAAUGACUCCUGAAGAGUGUCAACAGUUUAAAACUCAGGUGUGUCUCACCUCUCACUUCUCUGUUGUUUGUGUGGUUUCUGUAAAGUGUUGGUUCAAAACUCUAGUCUUUCUUCUCUCUGAAUUAGUUUGGUUUUUCAUAUCUUUGUUUUUCUCCAUUUUUUUUUUAUCAUAACAAACAUCACAAGGGAGUGAAAUUACAGCAAACUGUUUGAUCAGAGAUCCUGUGUGUGUGUUCAGUCUGCGUCCAUGUGGUCAUGCAGGUCUGUUUUCUGUGUGUAUUGACUCAUGUCCAUUCAGUCAAUGUGUCCUGUUUCCUCUCUCCUGUGUUCAGAUCAUGAAGGAAAUCCACGAACAUAAAAUUAAGACCUACGAGUUCCCGGAGAGUGACGAUGAGGAGGAGAUGAAGUUGGUCAGAAAGAUCAAGGUUUGAUAUUCAAAUAGAAACUUCAAAGUAAAAGCUUUUGUUUUUAAAGCUGGUAGGAAUGCUGUGUGUGUGCGUGCGUGCAUGCACGCGUGUGUGUGAGAGAGAGAGCCACAGCCUUCUGUGUAUUUUUAGCCAUUGUACAUGAGCUAUGCAACAGUUGUGUCCCCUCCCUCCUCUCUGCAGGAUCGUUUACCCCUGGCAGUGGUGGGCAGCAACACCAUCAUCGAAGUCAACGGGAAGCGAGUGCGCGGCAGGCAGUACCCCUGGGGUGUUGCAGAAGGUGAGAGGUCAAAGUUCCAUCGAUCCCAGCCCUUAAAAAUGAUCAGCUGAAUUAAGUCUCUCCCACAUACACAUGCAAACAGAGGAGCGUGCAAAUACAGCCAUAUUUCCACAGUCUGAUUGGAUUAUUGAGCAGCAUCAUGUGUAGACAGUUUGCAAAGCAGUAACACGAUCCAUGUGUCCCUGUUUUGCGAUACACACAUACACAUGGGACACAGUCUGCCUGAGUUAUUGAGUAACGCUGGCACAGAGCUACAGCAGCAUGAAGAGCACUUCAUCAAAAACUGUCAAUCCUUCGAUAAAAACUGUUAUAUGAACAACUAUUAUUCUUCAAGACUGAGAGAGUUGGAAUGAAGGCCUGCCUCUAAUACUUACCUGCUUCAUAUAAAGGUCUGGUACCUUCAGCUGUGAAAGCCAAUGAAAGUUUCCACCCAUAGAUUUGAGAGUUUACGUUAAUCCAGGCGGGACACUUUGCAAAUUUACAGUUCUGCUUAAUUUUCUGCUGCAAGUCGACUUUCAGUGGUAAUAAAUAGUGAAAGAAAGCACACACUUCCAACAUCACAAAUUAGAUCACAAAUAAAUAGAAUGCGAAAUAUCAAUUUUUGGGCGUACAAGUUUGUUUGAUUUUUGUAAGUGGAGGUGGAUGUUUUUGUUUCUCCGUCCUUGUCACCUCCCUCAUGGCUGACUCCCCCCUCUGUGGUGUCAUCACCGUUUGCUGUCAUACCUCAUGCUGACUCUCCGAGCAGUCUGUGGUCAGUUCAUGUCAGGAUACAGUCAGGAUCUUGACAGAAACUGGGUGUGAUUACAAGAAGAUUAUUGGAUUACUCCACAGGGUUCCUUUAACCACCAGUGUUUCUAAUCUGUUCAACUCCCAAUGAAAACUCUGAUUAUUAACAGAGUGUGUAAAAGACUCGUAGAGGAAAUAAACUGAAAUAUAAACUGGGGCAGUGAUGCACUCGGCUCGAGCCGUCAGUGGGAAAGUGGAUGUUAUUUUCCUCUCAGCACAGGAUAUGAGAGUGCUGUUUGACCUGACACAGGAAGCUGCUGUCACACUGCGGUGACACGUAUGAAGCAGUGUGAGGUAGAGCUGAAGCUAAUGGAGGCCCUGAAGGAAACAUUUACAGUGAUGAAGAUAUAAAUAACAUCGAUGAGCACAGCGCAGCCUGGUGGGUGAGAGCAGGAGUGUUACUACAGCCUGGAACUGGUUUGGUGUCUGUGUUUAGCAAGUUUUGGAAUACCACAAAUGUUUCUGGCUCCAUGUCAGCAGAGAUAUGUGGAGGGCAAGGUUCCUGAGAAGCUAUGUGAGUCAUUCCACCACAAAAGUAAGGAGAGGAGGCAGACAACAGUACACAGUGCCACCUGCUGGUGAUGGAGUCUUACUGCGCAGCCAAAGUGUCUGAAAAGCAUGAUCAAGUUAGUCAAACAGCUGUGGAGCUCUUGGUAUAUAUAUUAGAAAACAUGUUAAAUUCUGGCUUUCAAAAGUCUUCAAACUAAGGACACUUGGGGGAAAAUUCAAGGUGUUCAAGGAUUUUUAAAAUUUGACUUAAGGGUUACACUUAGAGUGUUGUACUGACUCCAUUUUUAACUGCUUUUUCUGACAGAAUCCAUGGUAGCUUUGUAGUUUCUAUCACUGUCGUGUAACUUUUGUCUGACUUGUGUUGUGCCUGAGUUUCAGGUGCUCAACCAAGCAGCAGACACUGCUCUUUCAAUAAACUGCAGGCUGACCAGUUAAUCCAGUUAUUUUGGCUAUUUUCCGCCUUAGAUGCUGCAAACGAUUGUUGGAGUUCUCGGUGAAAAAGCCUGAAAUAUCUCCAACCUGCUGAGUGUCUAUAGAAAGCUCCCUCCUUCCUAUGCUAGCUCUCAGCAGAGCAAAAUACAAAGACCCGGGCUGUCGCAAACACUUGAUAGCAUAGAGUCUAUGCUAUCAAGCGUUUGGGAGGGCAGAUCUACUCUGCUUCGGUCUAUGCUAUUGAUAUCUGCUCCAGCUUUUUGGGGCAGAAGCCACCUGAUACAAACAAACAUGACAAAAGCUAGUUUCACCAGUAUAAAGCAUUGCUGAUUAUGUCUCCUUCUUUCUCUUUAGUGAUCGUUCAGGUUUCUAUGCUGUUAUUCCUUCAUGAUUUAGUGUUUUAACUGUUGUGUCUCUUAUUUCAGUGGAGAACAGCGAACACUGUGACUUCACAAUCCUCCGAAACAUGCUCAUAAGGUGAGACUAAAUAGAAAUCAGUGCAAAAUACUCUCAAAUUUUAAUGCUGCAUGUAAGGAUCGGCUAACAAGACUGCACCUUAUAUCAGCAUCUUACUCCUGUUUGUUUGAGUCUGUGUCCAAACAGCUGUCAUAAAGUCAGUAAAUGUGCUCCCUGUGAUUUUCAGGACCCAUAUGCAAGACCUCAAGGACGUAACAAACAACGUCCAUUAUGAGAACUACCGCAGCAGGAAACUCGCCGCAGUAACAUACAACGGCGUCGACAACAACAAGAACAAGGGACAGCUAACUAAGUGAGUUCACCUGUCCUACUCAAAUUCUCACACCUUUGAUAAUGAUGUUGAUUUUUGAUGCUAGAAACUACAGAUUAAAGUCAUCACGCAGUCUGAACCUUUAAAGCCCAACAAACCAGCACUAACAAGGUACUAACUGUGCCCAGUAUCAGUUGUGUCUAAUCUGACAGUACUAAUCGUCUGACCCUGGCUAACCCAGCGGCUGCAGCUGUCAGUAAAAGCAGCACUCUCUCACAAGCUAAUGCAUGGUUCACAGCUGCAUGCUAAGUGUCUGUGCGUUUGUGUGUUUGUUUGUUUUUAGACCUGACACGGCUGACGGCAUGUAAGUGUGACUUCACUUCUUUUAAACCUCAACAAAGACUGCUUAUCACUACUUUUCAUUCAUUUACCCUCCCUCAUAGACUUAGAGCUCCUGUUUCUUCACUCAUUCUAAUGCAAAGCUGAUAAGUUUGCAUACUUGAUUUAGCUUUGAUUGAUAAAUCAGAUUUGUUUCAGUGAUCCUGAUGGAGUAAUCACACUAGAGACAGGGAAACUAAAAUAUUCAUCCUCUCACGGCCUGCUUCUAUUUUCUGGCUCUACUUCCUGCUUUGCUGUUUCAUCACAAAGUAGUUAUUAAUCACCUUUAACACUGCUCUGGCUAAUUGGGAAUACUGUAAAACUUAUGUGCAUAUUGUGUCGACUCCAGUUGUCAAUAACUUUGGUUUAUUGACAAUAUACCUUCCUGUCUAGAUUCAAUUACCUUUGUUUUUCAGUCUUUUGCGGACAAUCCUUUCCACACACAACUUUAUCUCCAUUUUCUAGAUCAAAAUUCAGAAGAAGUUGCCAUCUUAUCCGUGCUUGUUUACAUCCUGGUACUAGAACAUUGCAUAGCCCCGUCUAGUAGCUACUUCCUGCACGACAGCUCAAGCCUGGUUUAUGUUUCUGCAUCAUGAGAGCUGCACACUUCAACUAUGUAGUGUUCAUGUCACUCUGCAAUUCUCCACCUAAAUGCAAGUUUGCGGUGCAAUAGUUCUGCUCCCCUUCCCCUGUUGUUAGUUCACAAGAUUCAACCGCAGCUAAAUAUGAUCAGAAUAUAUUGAAGUCGAAGCUGAGAUGUUUUGCAGCAGUUGAUCAUGAUGGACCUCAGGGCUGCUGAGGAAGAGGGCGGGGGCACAGGGCUUGAUCUCUGCAUUGUUUUGACUCAUGAUUACAUUUGUUAGGAGGUGCAUGUAGGCUACAGAGAUCUAGGUGUAGAUGCAGCAGCAUAAACCGGGCUUCAGAUAAAGCAUGUUACUGGCAAUUCAGGCUUCCAAUGGGAAAAAAAAACAUAACUUUAUAAAUAAUUCUCUUAAAGUACCUCCUCUCCUGACAAACUCCUCCUCAAACCCUCGCUGGGAGCCGUCUGUCACAGAGAGCUUCCAGCGAUGGAGAGCUAUCUGAGCCUUUACUGGUUCUUCCUCUUCUCCUCUUCAUCACCCUUAAGCCAGAAGAGCCUUUUCUGGUUGUGGUGGAAUCACUUCAGUGUGACCAUGCACACACCUGCUUCUGUGCACUGUCUCUAUGAACACUCUCAUGUCUCCAGGAGUCCUCUGGCUCAGAUGGAGGAGGAGCGACGGGAGCACGUGUCCAAGAUGAAGAAAAUGGAACAGGAGAUGGAGCAAGUCUUCGAAAUGAAAGUAAAAGAAAAGCUCCAGAAGCUCAGAGACUCAGAGGCCGAGGUAAACUCAGUGAUGUUUGUUUUUGUCUGUUUGUGGACUUUUGGAAAUGCUUGGUUAACCUCUGACUGUGCCUGUUCACUUCUGCAGCUCCAGAGGCGUCACGAGCAGAUGAAAAAGAACCUGGAUGCCCAGCACAAGGAGCUGGAGGAGAAACGCCGCCAACACGAGGAGGAGAAGGCCAGCUGGGAUGCGCAACAGAGAAUUCUGGAGCAACAGAAAUUAGACGCCUCCAGGUACAAACGCCAUCACACAUGAGGUCUGGAGACUGAGCUUUGAUUUCUGAAAACCUUUGGAGCAAAAUCGGAAAACCUGUCCAGUGAGGGACUUUUGGUGCCCCCCUGUGGACAAAGCAGUCUCUACAUGCUUAACCCAAUGGAGACUUUUCUUGUAAACCUAACUAAUUUAGGAAAAAUCUGAAGCACAUGUUGGUGAAGGAGGCUCAUUGCUUCUUUGAAUGUAACAUGUCGACCACAUGUGUAAAUCCUCGUUUUGUUUUUCUCUUUUUACUCGCAGGACUCUGGAGAAAAACAAAAAGAAGAAGAUAUUUUAACAUCUUCAGAGGAGCAUCUCAUUGUCACCUCGUCGAUGUUGUAUUAUUUGCCAACCUGCCAGCCACGAUUGUCAGAACAUCUGUCAAUACACAAUGUAAAAACGGUCAACCACAUUACUGUAUAACAAUCAAGAGAACACCAAGGGGCAGUAUUGUCUGGACUCUGAGUUUGAAUUAUCACCGCCCUUUCAUCAGUUCUGUCUUUGGACUGAGUCCGUGUGCAGACCCUGGUCUGGGUCACUGCGCACAAGUUAAAGUUAAAUCACAAUGACCAAGCAGAGGUCAAAGUUCAGAGCUAAGCCCCUCCCCCUACUUCUUCUUCUUCUUUGGGAAUGAUGAUGCUGCACUGAUUAGUGCGGCGUCUUUUUGAUGCCAAAAACAAACCGAGGUCAGCCUUUCACUUCAGCAGAGAGCGUCAGGCUGGAGCUCACCUCAGGCACUGUUUUUAUAUUUACAGCGUGUAUCUUUCAGGUCCUUUAUUUAGUCAUCACAUUUAAUUUCCUCCCAUGAUGUUAUUCUCUUCCAUUUCUUCUCAUGUAAAUUGUAUACCAUUGAACUGCAGUGUUUAAAAUCAAGUCGUGUGUAACAUUUUCUUACAUUUUUUUUUUUUUUUUUUUUUGUAUCGUCCCGGCUUUGAGACUGUGUUGGUUUAGUUUCCAGUGUCACAGCUGGUGAUCCUCCAGCCAUACUCCUGGAAACCAGUCGUGUAUCCCUGACUUCACUCACGCUGAGUGUAACAAUGCAAACAUGCCGCUCCUGCAGCGGCUGCUUUAGUAUUCAUUUGUGCAGAUUCUUUUUGAAAACGUCUCCUGCAGAGUCCACUCUUUCCCGGGGCAGGAUGUGGAGAGCUGGUGCUGGAUGGUGGAUGGAUGGGAAGGCUGGAGCGUCAGUCAGACAGCCAGAUUUCUUCACAUCACAUUUAGCACUGCUGGUUACUGCAUCUGUUUAAUGUCUGGUUUUUAUUGUACAAAGUCACAUAAUAAACUUGUGAUGGGAAACACUUCAUUAA